AUGUUCCUCAUGGCGCCGUCGACAACAUGGCGUCUGCGGAGUGCCCGUCUGAAGGCCAAGCUUGAAGGCGCAAACUGGAGAGUCGUCGCGGCCUUUUGGCUCUUUGGUAGGUUUAAUCUCCGCCAGAGUGUCGCUCAUUCACCAACCGCUCACCGAUGGCUGAUAGGCUUGAUCAACAACAUCUUCUACGUCCUCAUCCUAACUGCCGCCCUCGACCUGGUUGGGCCCUCGAUACCGAAAGCGACUGUCCUCCUAGCGUCUAUCGUACCUGGCCUUGCAACCAAGAUAGUCACCCCAUACAUCAUCCAUCUGAUACCUCACUCCCUCCGAACGAUCAUCUUCGCUGCGCUCUCAACAUGUGGAAUGCUCGCUGUAGCCCUCUCGCCCAACACGACGGACGCUCGCAGUAUAUCCAGCAAGAUCGCCGGUAUCGUGUUGGCAAACAUUAGCUCUGGUGCGGGAGAAGUGAGCUGGCUCAGCUUGACACACUACUAUGGACCGUUCAGCCUUGCAGCUUGGGGAUCCGGAACGGGAGGAGCUGGCCUCAUAGGAGCCGGGGCGUAUACACUGGCCACGACAAUCGUCGGUUUCAGUGUCCAUGCCACGCUGAUGUCCAGUUCCCUACUUUCCAUCGUCCUGCUUGCCAGCUACUUCCUCUUGCUUCCAUUGGGACCACUCAAAACUGCGAGCCGUGGCCGUGCCAACAACGAUUCAGUUGAUUGUCAAGAUAUCACCGCGGAAGGGACUGUGGAAUCUGCUGGCCUGCUCGAUCAGCCUGGUCCGAGAACCGUCUCACCGGUCUACAGGAACAAACGGAGCUUCAUCAUGAAAGCUUUGAUCGACUUGAGAGCGAAGCUCACACGUGCGCGCUCUCUCGUAAUGCCAUACAUGCUUCCGUUGUUCCUGGUGUAUCUUGCUGAGUAUACUAUCAAUCAAGGCGUAGCUCCAACCCUGCUUUUCCCACUUGGAGAGUCGCCGUUCAAACACUUUCGAGCAUUCUACCCCACCUACGGUACCAUCUAUCAACUCGGUGUUUUCAUCUCGCGAUCGUCUCUACCAUUCGUGAGAAUCCGAAGCCUCUACCUCCCAUCAUUCCUCCAGGUGCUCAAUCUGUUCGUGCUGGCCAUGCACGCGAUGUGGCCUUUCAUACCGAAUGUCUGGUUCGUGUUCGCAAUCAUCCUCUGGGAAGGUCUAUUGGGUGGACUUGUGUAUGUGUCGACAUUUGCCGCGAUCAGAGAAGAGGUCCCCAGGGAACAUAGAGAGUUCAGUCUUGGCGCAACCACUGUUAGCGACAGUGGAGGCAUUUUCGUGGCAGGCCUUUUGGGUGCGGGGUUGGAGACUGCUCUCUGUAACUGGCAGGUCAGUCAUGGAAGGGAUUGGUGCAAGCGUUUGUAG